AGGAAGAAGUUGAAACCCUUCCGCACUUUCGCCGACGUCAAGUAACAACUAACGUCAAAUUUAUCCAAAGGUUUGGGAAGCUGAAAUUUAAAAUAAAUAUGGAAGCAGACAGCCAAAAAACAACUUCGGCGUCGUCCGGCGAGACUAACGGCCCCGAGCCGAACACAUCCCCGCUCCGCCUGGUUGUCCUGGGCUGGCGCUGGCCCGGCAAGAGCUUGACAGCCAACACAAUCCUUGGCCGCGAAGAAUUCCGCCUGGAGCGCGCCGCCGAGUUCUGCGUGACGCGCCACACGGAGGUGCGAGGGCGGCGGGUAACGGUGGUGGACACUCCCGGCUGGUACUCGUCACAGGACACGCCCCUCUCCUACAAGAAGGAGAUCACCCGCGGCGCCGCUUUGUGCCCGCCGGGCCCGCACGCCUUCCUGCUGGUUAUCCCCGUCGGCAUGUUCACCGAAGUGGACCGCGCUCGCAUCGAGGAGCACGUGGGCCUCUUCGGCGAGCGGGUUUGGAACCACGUCUUGGUGGUGUUCACCUGGGCGGAAGUUCUGCGGAAAAUCUCGCUGGAGCGGUACAUCCGCCGCGAGGGCACCGAGCUGCAGCGCGUGCUGGAUAAGUGCCGGCGCCGCUACAUGCUCAUUAACAACUGCGUCUUCCAGGAGGACGCGCAGGUGGGACGCUUGAUGGAGCGCGUGGAUCAGAUGGUGGAGGAGGAAGGGGGUUACUAUGCGGUGGAGGAACUGGACGAGAACCGGAACCCGACCGGGGACGCCCCGCAGGAGCCGAAAGUUGACGGCGUGGGGAUGUUAGUGAAAGAUGCCGCCGCGGUUUCUGCCGAGUGACUCGAUCGCCGCAUUUUUAGGUACACUUGCACAAUUUUUUUUGAAAAUGAGUUUAUCACUAGUAGACGUCCAAUCCAUUUGAAAUGGGAGGGUGGCAGCGAAUGAACGUUCAUUCGCUGCCAUCCCUUCCACUUCAUAUGGAUAUUGACGUCUAGAGCCGUCAGUGGUAAAAAAUGAGUAACGAAAAUUGCAAUAAUAUACUUCAUCACGAUCAAAAGUAGUGCAAAAUCAAAUUUUGUAUCUGGAUACAUUUCAGUAUCGAUAAUUUUGACAACUCUACUACAACUUAAACUGCAAGUAGUAACAGCUAUAUUUCAGAAAAACAUUUUUGCUGCGGGAUUAACUAAUUUUUUAAAUUUCUUGUGACUUUUUAUAUGUAGACAAAUAGAUGAAAGAUGUAUAUGAAGAAAACUGUGACCCUUGUUACUUCGCGCCUCAAUCCAUCGCAGAUUUUUUUUCCCAUUAAAAAAUAAAUAAAUAAAUGCAGUAUUUUAUAUAGCUGACCCAAUCCGAUUUCGCCGUCUCUCACUCUAGCUCCUGCCGCUUAUUAAUGCUUAAUAAUGCUUAAGUUAACGAUGAUUGACAGACGUUAAGGUUUGAUCUUGCCAGAGACGCUUGGAAGCUGAAACUUCAAAGCGCCGCACGCGUCAAUCAUAGUUUAACUUGUUAAACAGUUGCUGUGGCAACUCAUUGUAAGUGAGCAGCUUGAGUAGAUUUGAGUGGACUCACUCAAUGAAGCAUUUAAUAAGGACAAGCAUUUUUGUACUUUAUACUUCGGUGGGACAAUAACAUGUUUAAAAUGUAUCAUAAUCAUUACAUUUGAAGUGCUCAAAAGCCAUUUAUUAAAAUAUGUAUAUAAAUCAAAGUUGCUUUUUUUUAUUUUAUUUUUUUUUUUUUCAAAUAUACUUUGGGGAAAAAAAUGAAAAAACAUGUUUAUAUAUCCAAUGCUAAAUCUGAAUGAAUACAUUGAACACACAAAAAAAGUAAUAAUACAUUGGGUGGGAGGGGCGCUAUUUUGCAGUUUUUCUCCUAUUGUGGGGGGUUUAAGUAUCAUUAACCGCGAAAAACGAGAUCACUGUCUGUGGUAUGCACUUUGAAAAAAAUACAUUAACUACAUUUAUUUUUUUACUCCUGAAAUGUAAAUUAUCCUCAUAAUGCAGUGUAUUUUUUUUUUUUUUAAUUAGGGGGAAAAAAGUGAAAUUUUGUUCUCUUCUUUUUCAGUUUUUUUAAAUGUACCUGUUUUUUUAAAUAAAUAUAAACAUGAAAAUUUUCACCUGCAGAAUACAUUAUUAUUCUCAAAAAUAUUUCUUGCUUUUUCUGGGAUAUAUUUUGGUAGUGUGAUUUUAUUUUCAGGCAAAGUUUUUCUCCCCAUCAAAAAUGUUUUAACUGAAAAUUCACAACAUUUUAUUCCUAUUGAACUACAGUAUAACCUUUUUUGGGGAAAAAAACUGUUACAUUUGAUUGUCCACAAAAAUUGAAAUAGUUCUAAUUUUAAAAUCACAAUCUUUGGAGAGCUUCAGAGGGCAAAAAAAUCUCAAAAUAUACAACUACAGUGAUCCCUCGUUUUUCGCGGUUAAUGGUGACCAGAACCAGAAUUUUUUCCCCCCAUUUUUGUGUGUUCAAUAUAUUUAUAUGUAUAUAAUGUAUAUCUAGAUUUAGCUUUGGAAAGAGACACAUAUAAGAUGUAUUUUUCACUUUUUUUUUUUCUUAAAGUAUAAUUUAGAAAAAAAUGUAUUUACAGUAUAUAUAUAUUUUAAUGUUUUUUAAGCACUUCAAAUGUAAUAAUUAUGUUAAGUUUUAACCAUGUUACUGUCCCACCUAAUUAUUUUUAAAUAAGUAUGAAGAAGAAAAAUGCUUGUUUUUUUUUAAUGCUUCAUUGAGUGAGUCUGCUCAAGCUGCUCACUUACACACAAUGAGUUGCCACAGCAACUGCAUAACAACUUAAACGAUGAUUGACACAUGCGGUACUUUGAAGUUUCGGCUUCCAUGCGUCUCUGGCAAGAUCAAACCUUGACGUCUGUCAAUCAUCGUUAACUUUAAUAAGCAACGCCAAUGCACUGCCUGACCAAGAAAAGCAGCAGGAGCGAAAGUGAGAGACUACUUGAUCGGAUCGGGACAGCUCUAUAAAAUACUGCAUCUAUUUAUUUUUUAAUUGGGGGGGAAUAUCCACGAUGGACUGAGAGCGUGAAGUAGUGAGGUUCAUUUUCCCCCUGGGGAAAAAAAGUCCUAAAAAUGUUCGUGUUUUUUUUUUUUUGUAGGACAGUUUUCCAAAGACUGCUAACGCUUUCUUUCACAAGAUGCCGUCACAACCGUGCGUUGUCAUGGAGACAUGUGACGAUAAGCAAGGUUGUGCAGGUGUACCUAACGACGGGUCCAAAAUGGCGCCCGAAGGACAUAAACUUGUUACCACCAAAACAUUACUAGAAUGUUUUGCACUGUUUCUCUCAAGAACUGAUUGGAGAGUGUUUCAUAGGCUGACAGCUUCAAAGUGAACUUUCUUUCUCACUUUAUUUAUUGCCACAGUACACUGUUUUACUCUACGGCACAAAAACUAUAUUGUACAUACAGCAAGCACAAAAGCGGCACGGUGGAAGGGUGGUUAGCACGUCCAUCCCACCGUUCCCCCUAUGGAGUUUGCAUGUUCUCCCCGUGCCUGGGUGGGUUAAUUUCCUCCCACAUCCCAAAAAAACAUGCAUGUUUGGCUAAUUGAGCACUCCAAAUUGUUCUUAAGUGUAAGUGCGUGUGAAUAGUUGUUUGUUUUUAUGUUGAGGGUGUACCCUGCCUCCUGCCCGUUGUUUGCUGGGAUAGGCACCAGCACCCCCGUGACCCUCGUAAAGAUAAGCUGUUCAGAAGAUGUAUGAAUAAGCACUACUUUUUUAAUGGGUCAAUAUACAGAUAAAUUUGUCAGACGACUACUAGUUUCUGUUUUUAUUUUUGGACAAAUACUUGACCUAGUCAUUAAAAAAAAUGCUACUUUUGUGGGGGUAAGAUUACUAAUCAUCUGAACUUCACAGCAAAAUAGGUCUACUUUUUGCUUUAUUAUUAUUAUUUUUAAUACCCUGCUGUUGUUUAGUAAAAAUGUCAAUUUUAGUGACCAAACUGUAAUUUCUUUGCACUUAUAAAGCGCCCUGAGCCCUUA